AUGGCUAGAGAUAUGUUAAGUAUUCCAGCCACUAGUGCAGGCAGUGAGAGAACGUUCAGCACUGGAAAAGAUUGUUUUGGAAUUGCUAGGACGAGCCUUAAUCCCGAGACUGUUGAAGCCCUCAUCUGCUUGCGCUCAUGGUUUAAAGCCGUUAUAUUACCGCAUCAUAUUUUCUUUCUUGCAGAUGAAGAUCCCGAGAUGAAUAACUCAAACAAACUCCGUCUUCUUCCAUAUAUUCAGCAAGCAGCAACGUUCACUCCAAAUAUGAAUGCGGCCAACGACGCAAUCCUCCUGUUACCAAUCCGUCGGCUUCUACCAUCGCUGCCGCAUGAAGCAGCUCUUUCGCCAAGAGAACGUCCAGUAGUAUGCCGAAGAAUCAAUUUUUCGGAAGAUGAAUUAAAGAAUGUCGAUUGCUUAGACAAUUCAGGCAUGGACAAUCAGGAUCAGCCAAUUUACAAUCCGGUGGUAUUGUUAUCAACCAUUCCGCCGAGUGAAAUGGAAACUACAACCAUAUCUCUGAGUGAAAUGGAUGCUAAAACCAUUCCGCCGAGUGAAAUGGAAGCUAAAACCAUUCCGCCGAGUGAAAUGGAAGCUAAAACCGUACCGCCAAGUGAAAUGGAAGCUACAACCAUUCCGCCGAGUGAAGUAACUGCAAAGCAAGGUCAUCCAAGGGCAAGGCAAAUCCGUCACUCAAUCACAAGACGAUGUAACUCUCGCAAUGACUGGGUAGAUUUAUCAAGUUGGCAAUCAGAUGAAGUAGGUGGCCGUGCGGAAGAAAAAACCCUGUCAUUUAUGAAUUCCGAUAAACAAAAAAAAAAAUUAAGACAUGCAAAUUUACUUCAAUUGCUGAGAAGAGAGAGGGCACUACUCAAUAUUAUUUCAAAACUUAAAAUCUAAUAAACAACAUUACCUCUAUUGUUUUUUACAGACCGUGGUGGCCUUCUCUAUCCCACAGUUAAGUUUGUUUCAAGGCUGUGGACGGUGUAUCUAUUUGUAAAGGAGUGCCUUUGACAGAUGUCAAGCUCGACUUUCAUGUUGAAGGGCCUUGUUGAAUUCCUUCUGCCCCAUCUGGAGACAUGUAACACUUUUCUCUGUGAUAUCGCUCGUCCUGGUGAAAAUAAAAAAGC